AUGGCAGAAAAUUCUGUUUUCCUCCCAAGCUUAACUAGCAUCUCAAAGAAUAAACCAGCAGAUCUAAGCAUGACUUACAAAGUAUCUAACCCCUCAAAGCUAAGUCUUACAGAAAAAAGCUCUGCAACCAUCAAUGAAGAUAUGCAAACUGUCAUCCACUAUAUCGAUCAAUAUUAUCCCACCAAAAUUCCAAUUCCAUUUAGAGGCAACAGCUUAAACCUCACCUCAGAUAAAGCUUAUUUCAUUAUCUGUAGUGUAGAAGGUAGGCUAGCAGUAAUUAACCGCCUCACAAAAGAAUGCAUAAAUGAUGUUCAGCUCCCAGGAGGUGGCCUAUACACAACAGCUCUUUAUAAAAACAGUGAAUAUGUCCUUACUGGAGGUAAAAUUAAUAUGGUGGUGGUGAUGAAAUAUGUCCUUACGAAGGUCGCACCACUUUGGGCGCCAAAAUGGUUUUAUAGCCUAAGCCAAGGUUCAGGCCAUUUAAUUCUAAUCCUUAGCGCGCCUAGCGCCGCCGUAUGGGGUGGCUAACCUUGGGAGUCAGCUGGUGACCAUUCCAUAUUAAUUAUCCGGAUGGUUUUUGGCUAUGGGUUCUUUUCCCUACCGCUUCCGGAGGGCCGUAGAUCUUUUUUUCCUGGUUGUCACCUGACCGCAGGGUGGCCGACAAAGGGCUAAUCUUUGCCUCCAUAGCAACCGCAAGACAUACGAACACAAGAGGAGUUUUCUAAUCAACCGACACUCAGGGAUAUCGGUGCACGCCCUAGGUAUCGCAAAUAGACCAUUGGAGACAGGGUUCAGACGACUGAAUUUCUCGUUCGAGCAGGUUAAUGUGAUCGCAAGCGUGCGGAGGCAUCAAAUCUGGAAGACUUUGAGCCCUUUAAUCUUAAUCUUAAUCUAUGGAGGUAAAGAAGGAAUAAUAAGGAAAUUCAAGCUCAGCACAUUUGAAGAGGUUGAGCAGCUGAAAGGCCACACAGAUAAAAUAAGCGAAGUCAUGUUUUCGCCAGAUGAAACAGUUCUUUAUUCUGGAAGUGAUGAUGGGACUGUGAGGACAUGAGAUUUGGUGAAUAAAUCGGAGUCUGUCAUUAUUUAUACACAUAGUAGUAGGAUGCUCUCGAUGGAUCUCAGUAUUGAUGGGGAGUAUUAUAGAUUUCAAUACUUAAGCAAUUCAAAUUUUUAUUCUAAAACCAUAUUAACUGAUUUAAAGGUCUGAAGUGUUUCUUUAUAUAAUAUAAGUUUUGAAAUAUCAGCAAGUUUUUGAAUAAUUGAACAAUUUAUUGUAUUUAGAUUAAUAAAUGUUAUUUUAGCAUUUAAUAGAAUAUCUAAUCAAUAUAUAUAAGUGUAUUUAGUGACAGGAGGCGCAGAUAAAUUAGUUAAAGUUUACAAUACAGAGAGAAAAGAAGUAGAAGCAGUUUUAAAUGGUCCGACUCAUAGUGUCUGAUGUGUAAAACUCACAAAAUCCAAAAGCAUGAUUGCUGCUGGCGACAAUGACGCUUGUGCUUAUAUCUGGGAAUUUGGUACCUGAAAACUGCUCCAUAAACUUCAAGGACACGAAAAAAGAGUUGCAAAUAUCGAUUUCUUACGCAAUGACUAA